AUGCUCAGAGAAGUAAAACCAAAAACCGCGCGUACCGCCCGCAUCCUCAAGGCGCGGGAACCGCAACUUAUCGAACCUGUCAAGCGCAUCCUCCUCCUCCAUGGCCCCAAAUGCCCCCAACCCUUACACAACGUCCUCAAAACAUUCCACGCCCUCACAAAGCCACACUCAGUCCUCUUUCAUAAGAAAAACGAAAAUAUCCACCCGUUUGAGAGCACGGAGAACAUUGAAUUUCUCGCCGUGAAAAAUGAAUGCGGCAUCGUGGUCUUCGGCAGCAGUAAUAAGAAGCGGCCAAAUUGCGUGACGUUACUGCGCAUCUAUAACUCCAAGCUGCUAGAUAUGUGCGAGAUGCUGUUGUUGAGCGAGCAGGUUGACCAGGGGAAGGAAGCGGAGAAGGAAGAGAUGAAAAAAAUGAAGUUGGAUAUCGGCGUCGAGAUGAAACCAAUGAUGUUGUUUGCGGGAAGUGCCUGGGAGGAUGCGACGUCGUCUGUAUAUGGGAUGUUGAAGAGUAUGUUUUUGGACAUGUUCAAAGGGGAGGAGACGGAUAAAAUAGAUGUGGAGGGUUUGCAAUAUCUGCUUAUGGUUGCGGCGGAGGAGCCGGUGGAAGGCUUGGCAGCCAUUAUUCAUUUGAGGUGGUAUAAGAUUCGGACGAAGAAGAGUGGGCAAAAACUUCCCCGUGUGGAGCUAGAUGAGAUUGGACCUAAGUUUGAUUUUAGAGUUGGGAGGGUACAGGAGGCGGAUGAAACUGUCAUGAAGGAGGCUAUGAAACAGGGCAAGGCACCGAAUGAGGAGGGGAAGAUGAAGAAGAAUAUUGGUAUGGAUGCCAUUGGUGAUAAAAUUGGGCGGGUUCAUCUUGGCCGCCAGGAUCUGAGUGGGCUACAGACCAGAAAGAUGAAGGGGCUGAAGCGGAGGGCUGGGGUUGAAGAUGGUGAUGGCGGCGAUGUAGAUAUGAUGGAUGUCGGUGAGAUAGCUGAAGGCGGUAAUACGAAAAAGACAAAAUUGGGCUGA